CGUCUAUUGAACAAAAUUCGGUACCGCAGGCGCCGCUCUGCGCACGCGCGGCGGGGCAGGGGCUCUCGCGCUGCGCACGGACGGCAGCACCGCGCAGCGGCGGAAUCAAGAUGACGACAGCAGCGCCGCUCAUCAGCGACACCCAGCUCUCGGCGAACGUGACCACAAAGUCUCAAGAACAGAGCCUCUAUCAAAGUUCUGGAGCAAUAGUUGCUGCCAUUGUAGUAGGAGUCAUUAUUGUUUUUACAGUGGUUCUGCUCAUACUGAAAACAUAUAACAGACACGUGAGGGGGAAGCGGGAGCUGGAACCCAAAAGCAGCAAAACAGCAGUGCCACCUCCUGUAGGGCAGAACAGCAGCAGCGUUACUCAGCGUCCCACGGUGACUUUCAUACCGGUGGGCGUCCACACGCAGAGCAGAUAACUGAGCGUGUCCCUCCCUUUGAGGGAGAAGUGCUGGAGUUCUUAUCACGUGGACAUGGGACUGCUCUGAAAAGUGGUACUGCGUUUGGAAUGGUGAUGAGCCGUUAUUUUGGCUCCGUAUCGUAAUUUGUCCUGCUUUCUCUCUUUGGGAGGGAAACUGGAAGGUCUGGACGCUUUCGGUACAAUGAGAAUCAACUGGUGAAGGGAUACAAAUCAUCCGAAAUGCAAGGAGCCCUCCUUCAGAGCUUUGGGUGUGGAAAGAUGGAAGAAGCCAAGCUAUUCAUUUGGAAAAACCACGCACACUGAUUUUGUAGAGCUUUUGCUUACUCAGAGUUUAAGCUUUUUCUAUCCUAGAAUGACUAAUGAUAAAUGGAAGAAAAAACUGGACAUGCAAGUUGCAUACAACUCAGGUUGAGGUUUGUUAAGGUUUAUGUGAAACCGGUUUGUAGUGUAUUUUGUACGUGAGGGAUAAUGUGGGAAGCAGGAAAACCAUAUUUGCCUUUACUCAUCUUUCAUGUUUCUAAUACCACGUUUGUAUGGUUGUAGACGGAAGGGAAAAAAAUGACAUUUUUUCAAGUGUA